GUCAUUUGUACAUCUGUGAGUUUUCAAAUGUCUUUCUUUCUAAUUCAGCACGUGUAGACGCUGACGACUUGCUUAUCGUCCCAUAAAAGUAAUUUAGGUUGCCAAAAUGCCGUCUGACGCGAAGAAGAGGGCUCAACAGAAGAAGAAGGAGCAGGCGAGUAGCAGGAACAAGAAGCCUGUGGCCCGAGUGACCAAUGAAGAGAACGGUUCGGCGAGCAACGGCGACGCGAAGGAGCCCCGCGAGCUCACCGCAGAAGAGGCACUAUGCCUGAAGCUCGAGGAAGAAGCAAAGAUGAACUCGGAGGCGCGGUCGUGCACCGGUUCCCUGGCCGUGCACCCGCGCUCGCGAGACAUCAAGAUCGCGAACUUCUCCAUCACAUUCUACGGCAGCGAACUGCUGCAGGACACACUGCUCGAGCUCAACUGCGGCCGAAGAUAUGGAUUGGUCGGACUUAAUGGAUGUGGCAAGUCGUCACUGCUCGCCGUGCUGGGCCGUCGCGAGGUGACCAUCCCGGCGCACAUCGACAUCUUCCACCUGACGCGCGAGAUGCCGGCCUCCGACAAGACCGCCCUGGAGUGUGUCAUGGAGGUUGACGAGGAGCGCAUACAGCUCGAGAAACUCGCUGAGGAACUCGCACAGUGCGAGGACGAUGACGCGCAAGAACAGCUGAUGGACGUGUACGACCGGCUGGAGGACCUGAGCGCGGACACAGCGGAGGCGCGUGCCGCCAACAUCCUCCACGGGCUGGGCUUCACCAGGGACAUGCAGCAGAAGGCCACCAAGGACUUCUCCGGAGGUUGGCGUAUGCGUAUCGCGUUGGCGCGCGCGCUGUACGUGAAACCCCACCUCUUGCUGCUCGACGAGCCCACCAACCACUUGGAUUUAGACGCCUGUGUCUGGCUCGAAGAGGAACUUAAACACUACAAACGCAUCCUGGUCCUGAUCUCGCACUCGCAGGACUUCCUGAACGGCGUGUGCACGAACAUCAUCCACAUGAGCAAGCGCCGCCUCAAGUACUACACGGGUAACUACGAGGCGUUCGUCAGGACGCGCAUGGAGCUGCUCGAGAACCAGAUGAAGCAGUACAACUGGGAGCAGGACCAGAUCGCGCACAUGAAGAACUACAUAGCUCGCUUCGGUCACGGUUCCGCGAAGCUGGCUCGUCAGGCGCAGUCCAAGGAGAAGACCCUCGCCAAGAUGGUGGCGCAGGGGCUCACGGAGAAGGUCAUCGACGACAAGAUCCUCAACUUCUACUUCCCCUCGUGCGGGAAGGUGCCGCCGCCUGUCAUCAUGGUCCAGAACGUAUCGUUCAGAUACAACGACUCUGGCCCGUGGAUCUACAAGAACCUGGAGUUCGGUAUCGACCUGGACACACGGCUCGCGCUCGUCGGGCCCAACGGAGCCGGCAAGUCUACGCUGCUCAAACUGCUGUACGGUGACUUGGUACCAUCGACGGGCAUGAUCCGUAAGAACUCGCACUUGCGUAUUGGGCGCUAUCACCAGCACCUGCAUGAGCUGCUGGACCUGGACCUCUCGCCGCUCGACUACAUGAUGAAGGAGUUCCCCGAGGUCCGUGAGCGCGAGGAGAUGAGGAAGAUCAUCGGACGGUACGGACUUACUGGACGACAGCAGGUGUGCCCUAUGCGUCAGCUGUCUGACGGGCAGCGUUGCCGCGUGGUGUUCGCGUGGCUGGCGUGGCAGACCCCGCACCUGCUGCUGCUGGACGAACCUACCAAUCACUUGGACAUGGAGACCAUCGACGCGUUGGGCGACGCCAUCAACGAGUUCGACGGCGGCAUGGUGCUGGUUAGCCACGACUUCAGGCUCAUCAACCAGGUCGCUGAAGAAAUCUGGAUAUGCGAGAACGGCACCGUCACAAAGUGGCAAGGCGGCAUCCUGAAGUAUAAGGACCACCUCAAGUCCAAGAUCCUGAAGGAGAACGCCGAGAACGCGACCAACACGCGCAAAUAGUGCCACGCCUAGCUGCUGCCCCUCGCGCGACGCCCGCCCCGCGCGCCCACGCGCCCAGCGCGCCCCCGCGCACCGCGCGCCCCCCGCGCCCCCGCCAGCGGCCCGUGAUGGACACCUACCCAGUGUUUCUGCUCUCUUGCGACCUUUCAGUACUCGUGCUCUCACGAUAACGAAGCAAUAAUAAUAUUCCUCGUACAAUAACCCACAAACGUAGCCACUUAAAAUUAAACUUAACACGUUUACUUAAUAUAGUCUACUUAAAGCACCAAGUUAUUAUAUGUCCGUUAUAUAAGACAGUUAAUGUUGAUUACUUAAAUUGUACAUACACAAUUUACUGCCUGUUAGAUUUUAAAAUUAAAUUCACAGUAAGGUCAUAGUUGUAAGACACUCAUGUUCCAAUAUCGAAAAAUUGGUGCCACUUAUAAAGCGUUAAUAAUAUUAUUGGAUAAGUCGGGGCGACGUGUCGCGUGACGUAGCCCGCCGCGUGCGUGUGUGCGUGCGGCGGAGCGUCGCCUACACCAGUGUGUGCGAGUAUGAUAUAGGAUUGUGAUUCCUUAAGCUGCCUGUUAAAGCUUAGUUAUAGUGGUAUUAUAAAUAUUUUUGUGAUAUAUUUUCCGGGUGAUCGUUGCGUAGUGAUAGUCGAUUUAUGUUGUAAUCGUACUUGCAGACAGCUUGAGAUACUUUAUAUUUUUACACCAACACGUUGCCCGGUAAAUAGUCAUAGCGUAACUUUACCUUUACAUUUGCUCGCUUACCAGCUUCAACACGUUUAUGAUUCAUUUAAAGUGUCCCAACAUUUUAAUUUAAUUUAAUAUUUAAAGUAACGAUGAUGCAUGUAGGAUUCAUAGUAAACACCCUGCACUGUUUUCUUUCAACUUUAUCAGUAUUUGAGCCGCGGUUGCCUCAUGCGUUUGUUUUAAACUCAUAAGGCCAUCAUUUUUAAAUGUAAUAGGAACAGUUUAUGUACACUUACGGUUAAUGCACGCGUAAUAUUUAAAGGAGCACAGUCAUCAAAAUAUUAGGAAAUUAUAGUGUCGAAAGAUGGCUAGAGUUCUUCAAAUGAUAUGCAUGCAGCUGGUUAUAGCGAGGUGUGGCGAGCGGUCAAACGUAAAGGUUAAUAAGUAUGUUAACUGCGCGGCGGUGGUUACUAGAUGUAAUAGUGAAUGUUUCGGCUUACAUAGGUAGCAACACGGAUGCCUUCUAAAUAGUUUUCGAUUCGUUAUUUAUCUAAUAUAAUUAUAUUAUUAUAUAGGCCUCGUCCGGCGUAGUCUCAGUGAUCGGACUCUGGAUAAGGCGCGACGGUGAUAUGCAAGGGUUGUGAUGUUCGCACGACAUCCUCGCCCUCACAAAUAAUCUGCUACAAACAAGUAUACAUUACUAUCAUUUACUUAAUGUUCAUUUUUACUGAGUGCGCUUUCCUUUGUAUUGUAUUAUUUAAUGAAAUCCAAAUCCCUAUUCAUGUUGAGUUCGCCUGUAAGCUGUUUCUCAAUGCUGGUGUCGAACCAGACCAACUAGAUAUUGAUACAUAUUCCACGUAUUGGAAACAUUCGGCCGGACUAUUGUAUUUCCAUACUUGUGUUUAUUCCAAACCUAUUAAUUAUUAAUACUAUUAGUAUUAAUUUGUACGCGAUGGGUUUUGUUUGUAUAAAUCCCUUUAUGUAACAUGCUUGAUCUGAGGCAGAUUUAUAUAAAUCAAUAAAAUUAAACAACUGGA